CUCCAAUAUUUUCUCUCAUUAAUUGACCCUAAAAUUGUCCCUUCCUGUUCAUCCUAAAACCGAUUCCUCAUCACCAUUGUUCAUCCUAGUCCUAAGCCUUCUACUGCUUGAUUCGACCCAACCAUGGCUCGUGUGAUUCGAGACCCCAUCGAUGAAAAAGCUAAUGUUCAAAGAAGCAUUCAUAGAAGGGCUGUUGUGACUGCUCCCAAAAACAAAGAGGAACCUCCGGUUGUGGACCUUGUCAUCGACAGCCCACCACCACAGUCAAAGAAAUGCUUCAACUACCAAUUGAGAUCCCUACCUCUUCAUCAAUCGACCCUGUUCCAGAAGCAGUCAAAGCAGGUUCAACCAUCAAAGACUCAAAUCAAGCAAUCGAUAUCCCCAUCAUCACACCACAAUCUGUCAAAGAGUGCGGCUUUUUGGACAAGAUUUCUGGAUUCAGCUGCUCUGCAUGGAUAAGGAAAUUUUUUUGGAUAACUCUUGGGCAAAGAUUGAUGAUUUACAAGAAGAUUUUAGAGAAAAGUACUUAGUGUACUUGUUAUGAUUGUUCCUUUUAUACUUUUGUACUUUUGUAUUUUUUGUCUACUUUUUGGGAAUCUUAUCUUCUCUUAGAUUUUGUCUUUUUUUCCUCUAUUCUAGUACAAAUAGAAGCAUUUGGAGCUCAUUUUGAUCAUCCUUCAUCAGAUUUACAUGACUUUGUACUUAAAUUCUAGUUAAUUCAAGUACUUCUUUUAUAUUCUUACACUUUACAUUAAA